AUGAGUCAUCAAAAUUUUACUUUUGACGAAUUACAUCGUUUGAAUGUGACUUCACAUGAAGUCCUCUUAUGGUCAUCUUCAAUCGAUCUUGCUGAACGAUAUCAAUAUUAUAUCGAUCAACCGACUAAAUCUAUUCGAUUGAAUGAACAAUUCUUCAAUUGCACACCACCAUGGUUCGGAUCUCAUUGUCAGUAUUCAUUCGAAUUAGUGUCAAAAUUUGCCGAAACAACAUUAAAUAUUCAGUGGAAAUCUCAUAUGACUUACGCUAUCACUCAUCGAACAUGUUACAUUCUGCUAGAAUGUGAUCGUGGUGCUGCAUCAAUGUGCCUCGAUUGGCGUGAAAUAUGUGACGAAAUUAAUGAAUGUAAUGAAAACGAACGUCGAUGUCAUAAUGGAUUAUGCAUUCCGAAAACGUUUUGGAACAACGACGUUGAUGAGGCCGAAUGUCUUGAUAAAUCAGAUUUAUUGGUUAUGCCUGGUUGUCCGGAUAUGUAUCUCCAAUUUAGUAUUUUUGACUAUGCAGAAUAUGCAUGUCGACCCGAUGAAGGUCGAUUUCCAUGUGGCAAUGGACAAUGUGUAGAAGAUUUUGGUGAAUGUUACAAUGGACGGCAUCUCCUGUUGACUGAAUCAGUUAGUGUUCAAGGUAAUCUGUCACACGAUUGCUGGAUAGCUAUGGUUUGUCUUAGUAAAAUCACCAAUCAAGUCAAUGAAGUAUCAUGUGAACAAUUUGUUAACCUGUCUCAGAUUCUUCCUCGACUAGAGACUUGUGAAUAUCCUAUUCAAUUUCCAACUCUUCCUGUGCUCUUAGGUCAUGUGCACUUUUUAUACCAUCCUAAACAGAUUUUCAAUAUCAGUAUCAAAUUAGCUCUUGUACCCGAUUAUGUUUGUUAUGAUGAACAGUUAUGUGAUUUUCUCACACCUACAUUUCAUUAUGGAAACUUGACUUGCCGAUAUGGUCAUGAAAUGAAUCUUGGCUCAGAUGUCGAGGUGAAUGAUUGGAAAUCGAUCAUCGAUUUAGUCAAACCUCAUUUCCGUGGUUGCAUCACUCGACAUUAUCACGAUAUUGCUACGCAUUAUUCAUUGUUGUAUGCGUGCAAGAAUUCUUCAAAAUACAUUUCAAAACAUCGACUCACUGAUGGUAUCUCCGAUUGUUUUUUGAAUGAUGAUGAACAAGUAUUUGAAUUGAAUUGUUCGUUGGAUCAUCCGUAUCGAUUCAAAUGUUUUAGUGAUACUCAGUGUCAACCGACUUCAUUGCUAGCAGAUGUCUGUCAGUUUGAAACGCAGAAAAAUUUCGAUGAGAUCUUAUUUUAUGAACUUUGUGAUCGAGCCAUCGAUCUUUCCCCGAUGAUAAUCAAUGAACGAAAUCAUUCGGAUGAGACUGAUUGUGAACAUUGGCCAUGCAACAAUAUCUACACACGAUGUGAUAGUUUUUGGAGUUGUAAAUAUGGAGACGAUGAAGAAAAUUGUACACGUUCGAUUUGUCCUAAACAAUUUCUUCCCUGUAUUUCGCCAUAUAAUUCAACAUUAAUUUGUUUACCAGCCAGCCAAGUUGGUGAUAGAAUCAUUGAUUGUCUUGGGGCAUCCGAUGAACUUGAAUAUUGUCGAAAGAACUUUGGCAAUCUUCAAACUUACGAAUUUUAUUGUCAGAAUGAUACGAAAUGUAUCGAACACGAGAAGCUGUGUGAUGGUGUUGAAGAUUGUCUAUUCGGUGAGGAUGAAAAAUUUUGUGACAAUCGUCCACAACUAUGUGAAGAAUCGAAUUUUGAUCAUCUAACAGAUGUAGAAUAUGUUUUAUGUCGAAUUGGUUCUAUACAUAGGAUUUCUUUUUCAUUAAAAACUUCAUCAAUCUAUCCGCUAUCGUCGAUUGUUCAAAUUGAUUCUGUCAAUAAUCAAUGGAAUGAGCAACACAUAAAAUCUUCACUUGAUGAGUUUCCACAAUCCGACAUUUAUCAUUAUGGUCUCCAUAUUUACCAUCGACUCGAACCUGGCAACAUUAGUGAUGUAUGCUUUUGUCCACCAAAUUAUUAUGGCGAAUGGUGUCAAUAUCAAAAUCAGCGUGUCAAUCAGCUCAUAACCGAUACAACUGUGGAUGAGAAUGAUCUAUAA